GUUUCCUCAAAGGCACAGAGACGAGCUGCAUGAAUGACCCAAACUCACAGUAAACAUUGUGAGCUAAAUUCUGUUGAUGUUUUACAAUCUCGUGGCCAAUGUUUUAAUGUAAAAAUAGUCGACUGAAACUUCAAUCGAGUUGUCGAAUCAGCAUCAGUCGAGCCACUCGGAGACCGGCACGGGGAAUAAUACAAUGAUCUGAAUGAGAGCACGGGCAUCUGCGAGCCUCGGUUGGACUGUCAAAACAAACGCUUUUGGCGUACAAUAACAGGCAUUUUGCGAGUAUGAUGAAGAUGCCAAGUUGUAGGGGAGGGGUGAGAAAGAUGCAGGACAAAACGACGUCGUUAUGAGACACUGCAACAUUGUAGCAACGAAUAAUAGAGGCGCUGCGGGACGAGCUGCGCGUGAAGCGCACGCAUGACCGCGAUGACGACCGCCUCGCGAGCCUCGCGGGACAACUUCAAAACACGGACUGAGAGUGAGAUUCUACAACAAUGAGCUCCGCACUGAUCGCCGAGGCAUUCAGGUCUCAUGGAAAACAGUGGUGUUUAUGUAAAGUUUUCUAAAGAGACGCAUCAACCGAAUUCCCCAUCAGACAAAUUGAAGCAAGAGCUGGAACUAGAGUUGAAAUUAAACAGCUGUAACUUAUCAAGUCAUGGCUGGUACCAUGGUCGCAUACCUUGGGAGGUUUCUGAGUCUCUUGUGCAGCUGGAUGGGGAUUUUAUCGUCCGUGACUCCCUCACUAGCAUUGGAGACUAUGUCUUAACCUGCUGCUGGAACCAGAAAGCGCUUCAUUUCCUCAUCCACAAAGUUCUGCUCAGGUCUUAUGAGACAUAUGCCCACGCGCAGUACUUUCUGGAGGAGGAAACAUUUGAUUCUCUGCCAGCAUUGGUUCGUUUCUAUGUUGAAAAUAAAAGGCCUCUGACAAAGCAGAGUGGUGCCUACAUUUACUCAGCCGUUAACAGGACACUUCCACUAAGAUAUUUAGAAACCAUGUUUGGGCUUCCAAGUGUGGAAAACAGCCCAGUAAACUCACCUACCAAACAGAAGGGAAGCCAAAAGAAAAGGGAAAGCAUAACUGUGACAGAGGCUUUGGAAAUUGAGCUGAUAAGACCUCAGAGGGAUGUUGUGAGGAGUUUUGAAGGUACCGUAGAGCAGCGCGUUGUAGUGUCAACUUCUCCUGUGAUAAUGAGCACAUUAGCCAGGCGGCGACAAAGCCCUUCUGAAAACAGGAAGUUCGUAAUAGUUCCUUCAUCACCUGUUCUUCAAAAGUCCAGUGAAAUAGGGCUUUGUUCAUCUCCCCCUGAAAACACUCUCAUAUAUUUGGAACCAACAGUACAUCUUCUGUCCUCCAUGACAUAUUCCCAUCAAAACAACAGAGAAGCAAACCAAAAUGACCCAGCAAUUUCUCAAGUUGACCCUGUCGCUACAAAUCUUCCCUUUGUGAGACAUGAAAUGCAGACUUUGGAUUGCAGAGAGGAGUACGAGGAGGAUUAUUUAGUGCCUUUCACAAUGGACACAGUUUCCUGUUUCAGACCUAGUGUGUAUGAGUCACCGCUGAUGCCCCCAGAAAAUAAACCUUUGGAGACCAAGAUACUGAAAAAAGUGAAGGAUGUUCUGUUUGAAGUUGAUAUAAAAACAAUGGCAAUGCAUAUCACCAAAGCUGACUGCAUGGUUGCUCGAAUCCUGGAUACAUCUGAUGAUACGAUGAGAGGGAUGGGGGUGAGUUCAGGAUUGGAGCUUCUUACUCUCCCACAUGGACAUCACCUCCGUCAAGAUCUGCUGGAAAGGUUCCACACCAUGUCCAUAAUGCUGGCUGUUCAGCUGCUGGGCUGCACGGGUAGCGCUGAAGAAAGAGCCACUCUGCUGCAUAGAGUCAUCUGCCUGGCCUCUGACCUCAAGAGCAGCUUGGGCAAUUUGUUUGGCUUUGCCACAGUUAUGAAGUGCCUUGAAUUGCCACAGAUUGCUCGCUUGGAUGAGACAUGGACAGUUUUGCGUCAGAAGUACACAGAAAGUGCUGUCCUUUAUGAGAAAACCCUGAGACCCUCAAUGAGGAUGAUGAACGACGGAGAAGAGAUAAGUAGACCCACAGAGACAACUUUUCCCCAUGUGCUCCCUCUGCUGUCUCUUCUUGAAAGAAAUGUCGUGGCUCUUGAGGAGUCAUGGGAAAGUGCAGACACUGGAGUGGCCAUGGUCCUGGGCCAUCUGGAUUCUGCACGUACAAUCGCGUGCAACGGGAGGAUCUUCAGUGCAAACGCAGAGAACAAACUGCAGGGAUUUCAGGAGGAAGCAGAUGUCUGGGAGGUCUUCCUCACAGAGUUUCAGAUGCGUCUCCUGUGGGGAAGCCGUGGUGUGGAAAGAAAUAAAGAUGAACGUUAUUCAAAGUUUGAUGAAGUGCUGACAGCUCUGUCCAACAGGCUUGAGCUUUCCGACUCAACAAAAUGACUGAAAGGAUGACUGCUAGUCACAUGCUAUUUUAAGAAAAACCAUCUCACUGCCAAUUUGUACAUAUUUUACGAGAUGGCUAAUUCGUGCGACCUCACUUGUACAAGUUUUUUGUUAAAUCUUACAAAUUUCACGAGUUGACAAUUCGUAUGAAUUUGUACGAGUGACUGCCCCUAAACCUACCUGUCACUGAGGUUUUAGACAAAUUGUGCAAAAUCGUACAAGUCAUACAAAUUUGUACGAAUUAGCCACAGAUUUUCCAACUAAUAUAUGUAUGAACUGGUCGUGAGACUGUGUUGGAAUGGUUUUAUGAAUUCAUUUAGUUUCAUUGUUUUUUUUCUGUAGGUUUAUACUGUAUAUAAACUCAAUAUAUCUUUCAAUCUUAACUUAUUUGAUUUUCAAUGCUAUUUUUGUUUCAUAUAAUGUGUUUUUAUUUUUCAUAGUGUACAUAAAAUUCAUACCCAAAGUUUUAUUUUCAUAACAAAAUAACUAUGAUAAUAUUGUUAACUUUGAAUUCUGAAGUAUGUGUUUAAUUGCACUGUUAUUGGUUCUUAUAAUCAAUAAUGACCAGAUAAUGAGUAAUAUUUACUCGUUGGUACACUUUAUGGAGAUUUUACGUUUAUAUAUUUAACUCUACUAUUUCAUAGGCUACUUACAUCAUUUAAAAGUAAAUUCUAAGCUAAUUUAUUCUUUGGUUUUCUUCCAUUUAAGUUACUGUUUCCAAGUGAAAUGUUUGUUUAUCUGAUUUAUUGCCAAGCAUUUACAGAUUUGAAAUUGUAGUGUAGCCUAUGUACUUUGAUACCCGUGGCCACAUCAUAGUCAAGUAAAUCUUGGGUCAAAUGAA